UAUACUUAUAUAUUUUUUUUUAAUAUCUUUAAUCAGUCUCUUUUUUAUUUUAGUAACUAAACAACUCGGAUUCGCAGAAACUUAUCAGUCAGCAAUUACUAGAUGUUCCUCGUUAAAUGGGUCAAUACUUAGCACCAUCAACAAUCUUGAUAAAUUGGAGGAUGGACGAGAGUACUGGUCAAAUAUCUUCAGAUCCAGAUUUCUGAAAUGGACAAAUAAAGCAUCAUUCGACGAAGUCUGUUCUGAAGUAAAUGGAUUGUUAAAUUUGGAUUGUUUACAUUUAGUAGUGAACUACAGGACGGUUAAGUAUGUGCCAUUGCCUUGUAAAUACACGUACACGGCCAUCUGCAAACCCAAACAACCAGGAUAUCAAACCGUCAUUAGACAGUGUCAAACUAACCAUGAUACCACCACAUUCACAAGAGAUGAACCAGAACACAGAACUACAGCAUUCAACAAACCAAAUUCCACUUCAAUAACUCUUAGCACCGAAACAGAGUUUAUAACAUCAUCGCUGGCUACCAUGUCUACACAUAUUAUAUCGACGAAUUCAGACAAUACAACUAUCAUUCCAUCUUCCCCAAAGGGUUUGUCGACAAAAUUUAUCUCAAGUGAACGCUCGUCUGUAUGGUCUAGUUUGAAUACUGUUUCUGCUUCCUCAUCACAAACAAGCAUUAGCGAUAAUAUAAUCAGUACUUAUAUGAAAUUAACUACCUCAGACGCACAGAUGGAUAACGAUGACAGAACAGUGGCGAAUGAAACUAUAAACAAUGGUUUAGUUUAUAGUAUAAUUUUUUCAUUAGUUCCAGUCGCUAUUGCAUUGGCCAUUCUAAUAAUAAUGGCAGUACUUAUAACAGUAGUAAGAAGACGAAGAAGAGAAAAAGCACACAAAGAAAGUAAUGGACUACAAAUCGAGCCAGGUGCAAUACAACCAAUGACAGCAUAUAAAAAGAAGGCAUACGGUUACCAAAGGAACGAUUUGAAGACACACGAUAGAGCUCGAGGCAAUCCGGAUUACCAAAUUUAUGAUAAAGUGGAUGAUCAAUAUCAACAUCUUGAUGUUGAUGUACGAAGAAAAGAGCCUGAAUGUGUCGAAGCAGAAUAUGGUCAUGCUAUGGCAACGACGUCAUUUUUGAAGCCCGAUCAAAAGAGACCACCCAGCAAUAGCGCAUUAAAAGUCGCUAUGGCGAAACGUGCAAAAAUGAUACGAACAUCAUUACAUUUUUUGCACGGCCAGUUUUCAAAGCAGAAGACUGACAAAGAAAAUGUAGCAUAUUGUGACACCGCAAUAGUUCACACCAAAUUCUUGUAUGACACACCACAACAAUCUAUUAAGCAUGGCAACAAACCUUAAGUUAGUACACUGCAAAAAUUCACACCAAAUUCCUGUAUGACACACCACAACAAUUUAUUAAGCAUGACAACAAACCUUAAGUUUGUACACUGCAAUAGUUCACACCAAAUUAUUGCAUGACACACCACAACGAUCUAUAAAGCAUACCAACAAACCUUAGUACAUUGUAUUUAGUCACAACAAUAACAAAAGCAUGCACGUGUUACCAUAAGCAAUGUUAAUUUAACUCAGGAGCUCAAAUUGAAGACAUAUUAAACUAAAUAUCCAGGUUUUUUUUUAUAAACAAUGGCAUGAAACUAUCACCAAGUCAUUUAAUUUUUCAAGUAUAUUAUUGACAUUGAUUUUGCCAUAGUAAUGUGGGUAUUUCUCAUACUUUUUGUUCUGUUCCCUCAAAGUUUUCUAUUUCUUGUAUUCAAAGACUUCCAUCUUAUAUCUUACAGUGGAGAUCUCUUCUAACCUCUCAUCAAAGCUGUCAGAAUCUAUCAGAACUGUUUAAGGGCAGUAUGUAGAACGUUCAUCCUGACACCUUUCAGACAGUUCUAGCUAGAACAGUUCUAAACUAGAACUGAUUCUGUCAAAAAGUCAUGUAGAACUGAUUUUGACAGUUCUACCUAGAAAUGAUCCUGAAAGUUCUACCACUUUGGUCAGUUCUGUGACUAGAACAGUUCUACGGCUGGAACAGUUGUACGACUAGAACAGUCCUACGAUUAGAACUGAUUUGGUCAGUUUUACGAUUAGAAUUGAUUUAGUCAUUUCUUUCCACAAAACAGUUUUAAGAACUCGCUGUCUUAAAUAUAAAUAAGUCAAAAGAAUAUAAUAUAUACUAUAUAUAUGCAGUGACGUCUUUUAGAAUUGUUCUACAAUCCAGACAGUUUUGCUGACAGUUCUAUGGUUAGGAAUGAUUUAGUCAGUUCAGCAGACAAUUCGACGGUUAGAACUGAUUUGGUCAUUUCUGUUGACAGUUCUACGACUAUAACUGAUUUGGACAGUUCUACCCUAAAAUUGAUCCUGACAGUUCUACCUAGAACUGGUUUGGUCAUUUCUACCUUGAACUGAUUCUGACAGUUCUAUCUAGAACAAUUCUAGGGUAGAACUGUUCUAGGUGGAACUGUUCUAGGACAAUUUAGAACAGUUCUAUGAUAGAUUAUUCUGACAGUUCUAAUGAGAGGUUGGAAGUGAUCUCCAUUGUAUCUAUAUUAGUUUCAAUUCAAUGCAUUGUAGAUGUAUACAUGGUUAUACAGUAGUUGUCGUUUGUUUAUGUAAUGUAUACGUGUUUCUCGUUUCUCGUUUUUUUAUAUAGAUUAGACCGUUGGUUUUCCCGUUUGAAAGGUUUUACAUUAGUAGUUUUGGGGCCCUUUAUAGCUUGUUGUUCGGUGUGAGCCAAGGCUCCAUGUUGAAGGCCGUACAUUGACCUAUAAUGGUUUACCUUUUUUUUAAAUUGUUAUUUGGAUGGAGAGAUGUCUCAUUGGCACUCACACCACAUCUUCCUAUAUCUAUAUGGUGGCCUUCGACAGUUUUCUGCUCUUUGGUCAGUUCGUGGUCUUUUAAACAAAUUCUCAAUUUUCAUUCUCAGCUUUAUUCAUAUUUAGUUUGAAAACAGUUAUGAAAAUUUAAUUCAGUAUGUUUUGGUAUUAUAUUUAGGUUUAAAUAACAUUGGAUAUUUGAAAUAGUAUUGUUCAAGGUUUUGCUUGGAUUUUUAAUUAAGAUAGACUAAGUGUUUGUAAGCUUGCAUUGGAAUUAAUAUGAUUUCACAUUUUUUCUCACUUUGAAACGUGUGUCUACUUUAUGAUUGAAUUUUUAAUAGAAACAUGCAAUAUUCAUUUUUAUAUUUUAACUACUUUGCUAACAUUAUUCUAUUGAGUAUUUAAUCAUUUUGCACAUAUUGGUAUAAUUUUUUUAUACUUGAAAUAUCUCUUAAUUUAUAUUGUAUAUAAUGCAUAGUACUAACCAAUCAAAUAAAAAAGAUAAAUAAUUAAAGUAAGGCUGUGUGAUUCUCAAAAAGAUAUCAAAACAACUGUAACAAAAGUUUUAUUACUAGUAUAUCAAUAACACAAGAAAUCUUACACAUUUUGGUAAUAUGUGAAUCCAGUACGUGAACUUCAUUAAAGUUCUGACUCUUCUGACUGAGGCUCUUACAUGUACAACCGUUAAGGAACUCUUUGUGAAUUAAUAUUUUUUUGUGACA